AUGGAGUCCGAGGAGGAAGAAUAUAUCUUACCGGAUUGGAUAAAAGAGCGAUGGCAGAAAGCAGAAGAAACGAGGGCGAAAUUAGUGGGAGAUGCCAGCAAUGUUUCAAAUUCUAGAAUACGAAGAACUCCCGAAUACUUGGCUGAGAGAGCAGAAUUUAGAAGAUAUUAUUUUCCACAGCUCAUUGCAAUUGGUCCGGUUCAUCUAAACAGACGAAUAAACCAUCUCCAAGGAGAGCCAUUCAAGGAAGCUUGGACAACCAUGUAUCUUACGGAUACUAAUCAAUCUUUCAAAGAUCUAUAUAACACAAUAAUGCGUGAAUCAGAAAUGCUCGAAGAAAUAAGUCAGCUGCAUGGAGAAGAUAUAUGGCAAAGCAUGUCUUGUUACUACGGCGAUGUGAGAGACACGUACGAGUUCAUCACAUGGUUAUUAGUAGUGGAUGGAUGUUCUAUACUUCAUUUGUUGGAAAAAUCAGGAGACUCGGUUGAUCCCCAUCGAGAACUAAAGAUUAGCGUCGACAAGCUUGUGCGGAUGUACGAGGAUCUUCUUGUUAUGGACAACCAAAUUCCUUUUCAAGUGCUGAGGCUCUUCUGCAAAGAUGAAGCCAGGCUUGAGAAAUGCCUCCAUACCUUCCUUCAAGUUCAUGGUGUUAAGACGGCACCCGAGCUCGGAAAGGGAAAGAAGAACACACAAAAAGCAGCACAAGAACUCAAACUAGUUGUCCAGGGAGAUGAUGAGGAUCCUGUCCAUCUUCUAGAUUAUCUACGGAGGGCCCUCUUGAUGAGAGACCUCGACACAAUCCAUAAAGAGAUUCCGGCCGAGAUGAAGAUCAAGAGGAGAUCCUUGCACCUUACAAAGUACAGGAUUGGAAGCAUACGAGAACUCAAGGCAGCUGGGAUUAGUUUGAGAAGACAUUCGGCUGGAAACUCAAUCUAUCCCAGCUUCAAAGAUGGGAUAUUACAUCUUCCAGAGCUAGUUGUGGAUGGCACAACGCCUCAUAUAUUCCUCAACCUAGUAGCCUAUGAGAUGACUCAUUUUCACAGCGACUUUGAGAUCAGUUCAUAUUUAGUUCUCCUGAGCUCUCUUGUUGACCAGCUGGAGGACGUGAAGGAGCUGAGAUUGGCUGGCAUACUUAUCAAUGAACUUGCAAGUGACAAAGAAGUGUCUGAUCUGUUCAAUAAGAUGGACAUUAUUUUGGUGCCCGAGACACCGUGGUUUGCUAAUAUCAGAGACCAAAUCCAUUCACAUUUUGAGUCCGAACGAGGCAGGAUCAGGAUGCUGUCUUGGUUGGGAGAGGCCUAUAACACCUUUUUUCGCUCCCCAUGGACCAUCAUUGCUUUGUUGGCUGCCACACUUGGCCUUGUUCUCACAUUUAUCCAGACAUGGUUUGCCAUCCACCCUAAAGCUUCAUAA